CCCAAAAUGAAUGAUAAAUUGAAAUACGAUAUUGGUCCAGUUUUCUCUCUUCUUUGUGUGUCACACACCCCUUAUCAACACAUUUUUUUCACAAACAAAUUAGAGAAAUAAUGUGAAAGAAUGUAUUUUAUAUUUAACCUAAGCUUCUGAUUAUUUGAUUUUUCUCCAGAAUAAGAGCCAUAGCUUUUAUUUGAUAAUUUUGAUUUAUUAUUUUAUGCAAAAUUACUUGUAAGAAUGUUGUUGUUCACUAAAUGUAUUUACAUAUUUUUUUUAUUUUUUUUUUUUACAAAAUGUGACGACCUUCAGAAUGAAAAAAAAAAGAAGAAGAAAAAAAAAGAAAAACUCUCAUUUAGGAAACGUGCCUGCACUCGAUCCCGGAACUCCGCAUUUCAAAGCGGAUUUCAAAGCCGUUGAGCUAAAAUUCGGCUUCACAAAUCAGACAAAUUUUCCUUUUUAAACACAAAAGUUUCCACAGUUCUUCGAAGUUCUGUUUAUGGUAGACUUAUGUAAUCUUGGUGCGUACAAAGGGCAGCUCGUUAGUUUGUAGUUCUUCGCGCUGAAUCUUUCAGGAAACUUUGUCGGGACAUCUUCUCCGCCAUGGCGUUCUUCGACCUUCUUUCCAAUGUCCUUUCAAACGCGUUUAUUGCGCUUUUAAUUCUCCUUCUCGUCGCGUUUUUGGGUUACUGUUUGUACAUCAAGUACACUCACAUGAAGUAUGACCACAUUCCCGGACCUCCGAGGGACAGUUUCCUUUUAGGACAUUCACCAACAAUCCUGCGGAUAAUGAGAGAGGGAGGAAUGCUGCACGAUAAAUUCUUGGAAUGGGCGGAGAUCUAUGGUCCUGUCUAUAGAAUUAAUGGUCUGCAUUUAGUUAUUUUGAAUGUCGCCUGUCCAGAAGCCACCAAGGAAGUCCUGAUGUCAGCAAAGCACCCAAAGGAUGGAUCCACCUACAAGAAGCUCUUUUAUUUGUUCGGCAAAAGGUUUUUAGGCAAUGGUCUGAUAACCGCACAAGAUCAUGAAAUGUGGUACAAACAGCGCCGGAUCAUGGACCCCGCAUUCAGCAGCUUAUAUCUGAGAGGUCUGAUGGGAACCUUCAACGAAAGAGCUGAGAAAAUGAUGGAAAGACUCUCAGAAAUCGCCGAUAAAAACAUGGAAGCAAAGAUGCUCCAACUUGUAAACUGUGUGACUCUUGAUGUCAUAGCUAAGGUUGCUUUUGGUGUGGAAUUGGACCUCCUGAACACGACGUCCCCCUUCCCAAAAGCCAUUGAAGUUUGUCUUAGAGGGAUGACGUACUACGUCAGAGAUGGCUUCUUUCAGUUAAAACCGAAGAACAGACCCUUUGUGAAGGAAGUGAGGGAAGCCUGCCACUUGUUGCGUUCAACCGGAGCCAAAUGGAUUCACCAACGAAAAACGGCAAUGCAAAAUGGGGAAGAAGUCCCAAAGGACAUCCUCACGCAGAUCAUCAAAACGUCUGCUGCAGAGGAAACCAUGACCGAAGAAGAUGAAGAGUUCAUGUUGGACAAUUUUGUGACUUUCUUUAUUGCGGGGCAGGAAACAACAGCAAAUCAACUGGCCUUUUGCAUCAUGGAGCUCACAAGACACCCUGAAAUCCAAGAAAAAUUGAGGAAAGAAGUGGAAGAAGUCAUUGGGAUGAAACAGGAAAUAAGUUACGACGACCUUGGGAAGUUGGUCUACCUCUCACAGGUUCUAAAGGAGACUCUUAGAUUGUAUUCGACAGCACCCGGAACUUCCCGGGAACUCGGAGAAGAAAUCACCAUUGAUGGCAUCCGCAUCCCUGUUGGAACCUCUUUAAUGUUCAGCUCCUAUGUGUGUGGAAGACUGGAGAGGUUCUUUAAGGAUCCACUGAAGUUUGAUCCCGACAGAUUUCACCCUGAUGCUCCAAAGCCUUAUUACUGCUACUACCCCUUUGCCCUCGGUCCGCGCUCAUGCCUGGGACAGAACUUUGCUCAGAUGGAGGCUAAAGUGGUGAUGGCCAAGCUGAUCCAGAGGUUCAACUGGGAGCUGGUUCCGGGACAGACCUUUGAGAUUGAGGACACUGGGACCCUCAGACCAAAAUCAGGAGUUGUGUGUUCUGUUAAACACAGGAAGAACGACAUUUAGAUUAUCCUAACAGUCAGAAGAAAUCAUAGGAACAUGUGAUCUAUGGAGUUGAUUUAACGUCUUCUUGUUUUUUGGCUUUAACUGAAAGUAUUACUUAAAAAUAUUUUUCUUGCUUUCUUUUAUAUGCUUCUCAAAGAAUUAGCCUUUUUUAUAUGUUUUUUGGGGUUGAUAUUUGCAAAUAAUAGCAGCCAAAUUUAUUUACUUUUCUGUGAAAACAUGUAUUUUGUCAAUCAAUCAAAGCAAAACUAAAUCGUCACUGUAUUUAAAAAUAAAAAAGAUCCAGAUUAUUAUCUCUGUACUUCUGUUAUUAAAUUAUAUUUAAUAUUUUUUCAUGUAUUUAAUAAUAACAACACUUAUAUCAAAAACACCUGCUAAACUGUACAUUAACAUGUCCCUUUCCAUUGAAAUACACUAUAUCGAGCUCAGUGUAACAGUAUUAACUGGUGCUAUGUUCCCAGUUUCUGAUUGGAAGUUGAAAUAAACAGCUUUAAAAUAAA